UGUUUCCAAGAUUGUAGAAAUAUAAUUUUGGAGGGGACUCCAAUAAAAGAGGCUCACCGAUCCAGCCUGACUGCCUACACUGCCGGAGAUGAGACUUGGCUGGGUUACCCGUUUUUAAGGCCACAGAAAACGGCCCAUGUGGGGUCUCUACAUGCAGCGUAUACGUACUGUGGAUGGACCAUGGAAUAGGGCAGUGGUGCUUCGGAAAGGGGACUGUUGGUGAACGUAGUUGCUUCUUCGAAGUCGCUACACGUGGAUACGAGCGUCAGCCAACGCAAGUCAGUUACAUUGAUGAAGAGGUGGAGGAAUACACGUAUAUGAGUAGCCCUGAUCUUCAUAUCAUCUGCAAUGAGGAUGCGAAGGAGUGGAUGAACAUAUGGUCCCCAUGGGGUCAGUGCCAGGGUGACCCAUACUGCAGCAUCGGUACCAGACAACGUCAGAUGACCUGUCCAUCAGGCAUCGAGGGUUGUCCUCGGCGUACUGAGGCCGGAAAUGGCGUAGUGGCAACUUCCGAAGAGUUUUGUACCCUUCCACCAUGUCAUGUUGAUGGUGGCUGGAGUGGCUGGAGCGAGUGGUCAGUGUCCACUAGUAACUGUGGGGAAGGGAAGCGGGGACGGUUCCGGACAUGCAACCAGCCAAUCCCACAGGCCCAUGGGAAGGAUUGCCCAGGGCCGCGCCUCUUGGUGCAAGCUGUGACCAUGCCCUGUCGUAGAGGGCGGUUCAUAGUGGGAGAUUUGAUCGCAGAACUGACUGAUGACCAGUCCAGAACCACUUCAGAAGAGAUGGUUGUUUUCCCAAGCUUUCUAGAGAUAGCUGGAGAGCAAAGUCCAGACUUGGCCGAUCUGUCUGACUGGGGACAAUGGACACCUUGUACACGGACCUGUUGGGAGGGGAGUAGGAAAAGGGAACGUCGAUGUCUAUCGAAUAAGCGGACAUGCAGUGGAGAUGUACGUGACAUUCAGUUCUGCAACGUACAACCCUGUCCAGUUGAUGGAGGUUAUAGUGAAUGGUCCCCAUGGUCGGCAUGUUCCCUAACCUGUGGGGACGGUACACAGUCCCGUAACAGGGUGUGUACCAACCCUGCCCCCAGCCACGGUGGACAGGUGUGUACAGGACCGGACAGGGAGGAGAAGGCGUGUGAGAUGACCAGGUGUCCGGACAACGAUGUAGAGCAACCGUGGCAGUGGCAGUCCUGGGAGAUAUGGCAACCGUGUGACCGGACCUGUGACAUGGGGUACCGCCAGAGGAGGAGAGGGUGCAUGGUCAAUCCCAAUGUGGAACAGGCCAACAGCGACGGCAACUUGAACUGCGUCGGCAGAAGGAUGGAGAUCAUGGAAUGUCACGUUGCCGAAUGUGCAGUAAAUGGCAACUGGGCAGCUUGGUCUUCCUGGUCGGACUGUACGGCCACUUGUGGAGAUGGCGUGAGGACCAGGGACCGGACCUGUACUGACCCUGCACCGUACGGAGACGGUACAGAGUGCGAUGGACAGGGUACAGAGGUGGAGCACUGCUCAAUACCGCCGUGUAUAGAAACUGACGGUUCCACGCGAAUAUUCAAUAAAAAUUCGUACCUGAGGUACCCAUCACCGACACACCCCUCUCACGUCUGGCGGGCCUUCGUGCGUUUCUUCCCGUACACUGGAGAUGGUCUCCUGCUAUGGACCGAGAACGACGUUGACAAUGAAAAUGUAACAAAGAUAGAGCUCGGGUUGAAAGAGGGACUUAUCGUCUUGAAAGCAAUUAUUGGCAAAGAAGAAGUGGAUGUGUUCUGGGAAAAACCAAAGCUUGAAGCGUGGAAUGACCUAGUUGCCACCAUAGCUGGAAAGAGGGUAUCGUUACGUGUAAACGACGGAGACAUUCGAGAACAAUUGUUCGAUGUGCAACCUCCACCGAUCAGUUUUGGGGGUCCACUUUUCCUAGGAGGAGCUAUUUCAUACACAAAGGAUUCCUUCUUCAAAAGUGGAUUUCAAGGGAAAGUCAGUGACCUGUGGAUCAACUACCAGCAGUUCAGCCUUAAUCUUAGGUUUAAAACCCUGAGCGGGGACUGGAUUCCUGUAGAGGAAGUGUUGUCAAUCAACAAAACAACAGAUCCAUUGGCUGCUUCGCGGAUAUUUUUCGGUCGGGAGUAUGCAGUCAUUCCCAUCACACCCCCAAGGCACGCGCAAGGCUCCUUUACUAUCUCCAUGGUGCUGAUGCCAUUGAAGAAGGAAGGCUUGCUGUUUUACAACAAGGGGAAAGAAGAUGGCACUUUCAUCAUCCUUUUUCUUAAAGAUAACCGUUUCGACAUUAAGCUGGGCUUCGGAUCGGGAUCACGUUCGCGGACGUUAGGUGAAGUAGUGAGACCAGAUCGCUGGAUGCACCUACAACUGACAAUCAUAAAUGGGGGUAAUUUAGAGAUGCGGAUCAACAGCGGACCGGCAAACAAGAUGUUCGCUGAUGACAUGCAGUACCAACCGGGACCUUCACUCCUGAUAGGUGGCGUGACAGAUGCGUUAUGGAAAGAUCUGGCUUUAUCAAGACAUUCUAAAGAGUAUCGGCUUGUCCAAGAACAGAGGGGUUUCAUGGGUGUUAUCUACAGUGUCAAAGUGUACGGACAGGAGUUCAAAAUGACUGACGUGGCUCUACAGAGGCGAGGCCUGCUGAUCGAUUCGGCUACCACUUCGAAAGCAGCUCCGGUGCCUCUUUCGUACGAAGAUCUCUUCACUAAGGAGGAAGGCCACUUCUUCGGUGGUCGUUCAGACUUUAUAGUGGCGUACAACGACAUAGACGCAGAAGAGUGUGCCCGCCGCUGUCUCAAAGGUUACGGCAGUUACGACGGCGUCAACCCGCCAUGUCUGUCCUUCAACCAUCGCCCCGCGCUCUUCGGGAGAUCGCGCGAGGGCAACAGUGCGCGGUGUUGGCUCCGAAGUAGUAACAAGGAUAUGGCGGCGUCUCCGGGUUCUGAGUGGAACAAGUGGCCUCACCGUAAUUACUACCAGAAGAAAGGCAGACGUUACAAAGAGAUGGUAACUUCCAAGGGCUCAUCUCUCAAGCUACGGUGUGACUACAGCUUCAUUACCAGAGGGAAAAACCAUCCAAAACCCCAUGUAAUAUGGAUGAAGGAAGAUAGACGACAACUUGAAGGCACAUUUGUCAACAUAACCAAUGGGGAACCUAAUAACAAGCAUGUGUCUAUGCUACACUUGAGGGACUUACAUUCCAGCAUGACUGGUAGUUACUCGUGUCUGGUGGAAUAUGGUGGAAGGUCAGUCGUCACGAACGCAUUCGGGAUUCUCGUAUAUUCACCUCCUCAAAUUCCAGAAACCACGUCACCGGCGGUUUUGGCUCUCGGUAUCAUCCUGCCGGUACUACUGGUCAUCUGUAUUUGCUGUGUUGCCAGGACCCGUCGCUACCAGGAAAGGUUUCCAGUUCUUGGAGAUAACCAAAUGGUGCGGAGCAUAAAAGCUGGAAUGGAAGACAUAAAAGCUGGAAUCGUAGACAUAAAAGCUGGAAUGGUAGACAUAAAAGCUGGAAUGGUAGACACAAAAGCUGUAGUGGAAGACCCAAUUGACGGAAUAAUCUUGAAAAUCAAAACUAAGGCUGUUUUGGCGUGGCAAGGAAACUCGGGCUUCAUACAGCUACAUCGCAAGUUUGGUGCAAAGAUACGGCCCGACCUGUACCAAGAUCAGAUCGACGGUGCUACUAAGGAUGAAGAGGGGAUCAAGGAACCACCUGACCACGACACUGUUUAACUCAUUGUUUUUAACUCAUUGUCACUGUUUAACUGUUAACUCAUUUUCCAUUAGUAAGAAGCAAUAGUGUAGUAUCAGCAUGUGCAUUCCUACUAGUGAAAAAAAGUAGUUAACUUACUAGUGAAAAGACGAGGUAAAGGGAUGUGUAGUGUCAGUGUGUGGUAAGUGUAGUAUUAGCAUAUGUAUUCUUACUAGUGGAAAAUGAGUUAAGACCACUCUAACUAAUUUUUUCACUAGCAACAGGCAACCGUGCAGUAUCAGUAUGUAUUCUUACAAGUCAAAAAUGACGUAAGACCACUUUAACUCAUCUUUACACUUGUAUUCAGAUACAUACUGGAAUUGGUUUCUCACUAGACCAAUACAAAUGAGUACACUAGUGAAAAAAUGAGUUUAAGGGGUCUUCAUUAAUUUUUUCACUAGUAAGAGACAACCGUGUAGUAUAUAUAUCCGUACUUGUGAAAAAAGUUAGUAAGGGUCUUAAAUCAUUUAUUCACUAUAAAUAGACUAUUGAUAAGAAAAAGAAGCACAACUUUUCGAAAUAUCACGUUUUUUGGUCUUGAAUUAGUUUUAGGUGUAAGAUAAAUGUGAAUAAAUCAAGUCUGCUUUCUCACAAAAUGCUCGACGGUUGUCAAACAACAAGUGGGAUUAAGCCUUCUCACACUAGUUACCACGCAUACUUGGGUGAAAGGAACUCUGGGUAAUAUGUAGCCUCUACCAGGCUCCGUGGAUCGGUAGAAUCGUUAUCCUCAACACUCGUGGUGAGGAAACGUACUCUUC